AUGGAUUUGGAGGGCUACGUGACUAACGUGCAGAGUCUCAAGACUCUGGAUGAAAAGACUAGGGACAGUCUGCUACCACGCAAUCCAGUUAUGUCGAGAACGGGCUCCUCUACGUCGCUGUCUAGUCUGGUUACGACCAAUGCGACUCAUUACCAGAAUUGGCUCAAGACGUUUUAUGCGAACAAACUGAAUGAGGUGAUUCACUUUCGUGAAGCGGCUCAUGUUGUCACCAAUUAUAAUUAUAAGAUGGACGAUGGCGACGACAUGGAUGACAUCGUCGAGCCCUGCCUGCUCGACUGCCACACUGAGGAGGGUUUCGUCAUGGCUGCUAUGCAUCUGAUCCUCCAUCGCAUAAAGGCCAAGCAGGCGGAGUCUCCGACUUCAAUUGUGACUAUUGGUUUGUCUGGUGGCAACACGCCGAGAGCCGUGUUCCGGUACAUGUCUAACAUGGAACACCUCGACAUAGACUUCAAUCGCAUUAUAUUCUUCCUAGUGGACGAGCGCUAUGUUCCGCCUACUGACGAGCUCUCUAAUCAGCGGCUCAUACGGAACACGCUGCUCAAAAACUGGCCAGUGCCCGAGUCACACAUCAUUUUCCCGGAUACCACUUUGCCUUUGGAGGAGUGUGUGCGCAAGUAUGAGGCGGAUCUAGAGCGCGUGUUCGGCAAAGUGGAAGGAUCGGCAGCGAAUACGACUGAGAGUUCGCCCCAGCCCAAGGUGGUGGGUAUGGCUAUGAACAAGCACACGCUGAAGCCCGACUUGAUAACCCUGGGCAUCGGUGACGAUUUCCAUAUUGCAGGGCUGUUCCCGGAAUACUUGUCAACACUCGAUCCCUCGCAAGUAACGGAUUGCAACGAACGUGUCAUGAUUACCCACACGGACACAGCGGUCGUUCACGACCGGUUGACCCUAUCGUUACCUUUCCUGUGUUGCGCAAAGAGCAAGCUAUUUUUCUUGAAGGGCGAGCGUAAGAAGCGCAUUUGGACCACUAUGCUGCAAUACAGACACGUCGACCCGAUUCGUUUCCCGGCUACUCAGAUUUUCACGAAGCCCGGAUGUGUUGCGGUGUUGGAUUCGUCAACUAUCCGCCGCAUUAGACGCAAGGUUCCACUGGAGCAGACGGACUGCCUAACUUUCAUCCUGUUCGGUAGCACUGGUGAUUUGGCCCGUCGUAAGCUGUACCCAGCUCUUUUCCACCUAUUUUAUUUGGGAUUCCUGCCGACCAAGUUCCGAAUUUUGGCCGUGAGUCGGUCGCAUCAGUCGUUUGAUGAAUUUUUCGAGACAGUCUCCAAAGACAUUUUUGCCUCUAUCAACACAACUAUUUUCAUGUGUGAGGCAGCGGCGCGUUUCGAUUUCCCCACUGUGAUCGCGGAAUUCAAGAAGAAGCUGGGGAGGGUGACGAUAAAGUACGACAACCCGCAAUCGCUAGUGCAGCUUAACGACACUCUGAACGAGAUUGAGCAGGGUUCCACCGUGACGCACCGUCUCAUAUACAUGGCUACACCCGCUGAGGCUUACCACCCCAUUAUGAAGAUCGCAACUUCAGUGUGUCGCCCCAAGGAGGGUUGGUUUAGGGUGAUGUUGGAGAAGCCUUUCGGGCGUGACAUGGGCAGUUGCGAGGACAUUCAGCGCGUGCUGCAGCAGCAUGCACAACCUGAGGAGAUGUUCCUCGUUGACCACUACUUGGGCAAGCCGCUGAUAUCGUGUAUCAUAGCCAUCAAGCGUUCGCUUCGCUACAACCACCUCUUCAGCAGGCGCUACGUGAAGAGCGUUCACAUUAAAAUGAAGGAGCGCAUUGGCACGUUUGGCCGAGCCUAUUUCGAGAACUACGGAAUUAUUCGCGACAUGGUGCAGAAUCAUGGGUUACAACUGCUCUCUUUAAUCGCUAUGGACAAACCCGAUCGGUUGAAUGAUUCGGUUGCUGAAGAGAAGCGCAAAGUGCUGAGGGCCGUGCGCACCGUGGGUCUGGAGGACACCAUCAUAGGCCAAUAUGCAGAGAGCGAGGAUGGCAGCGAGUGCGCGUACUUGCAGGAGAAGGGCGCAUCGCCAGAUUCGCUGUGCAGCACGUUCUGCUCUAUGGUCCUGUACGUGGAUAACGAGAAGUGGCAGGGCGUGCCGUUCGUGAUAACCACGGGCAAGGGUCUGGAUGAACGGCUCUGCGAGGUGCGACUUAACAUGAAAAGCACCUUUGCAGCUGAAUUUGGAGCCGAUUUCGAGGCGCGCAACCUCGUUUUUAGGGUGCAGCCCAACCCCACGGUCUUCUGGUCUGUUGACGCCAAGCACUUCGGCGUGCAGCAAGAGAAUGAGAAGUUGGUAUUUUCCAGCGACCACGAUACGGACAACAUGGGUCUGAAGGUGGAGGAGCGUAUUUUGCGUGACGUGGACUACAACCUGACCAAGAGGCCCGUGGUUGGGUGCUACGAAAUCCUCCUCUACCACGCUUUCAGCGGCAAGCGCAACUACUUCCCUUCGCUCGAAGAGGUUAGCGAGUGCUGGCGCAUUUUGACGCCCCUGCUGCACGAAAUCGACGACAAGCGCGUGCGCCCGAUUCUGUACCCCCGCGGGUCAAGCGGGCCCAAAGAGCAGGAGCGUCAUUUACAGCUAUUGAAUUAA